AUGGCGGCGCCUGGUUCUCCGGCGCAUCUCUUGCUCGCGGCGGCGGGCGUGGCGGUCGGGGACUUCGUCGGGGGACAGUACAGCGUCGCGGGGAGGGCUCUCAUCCACGAGCGCAUCGUCGUGGCCUUGAACCUCGCCACCCCCGACACCGCCUCGAUCAUCACGGUGGAUGGCGACGCGUACGAGGAGCAGCUCCGCAGCACGGCGGACGUGCGCCCAUGGGACGUGCUGCCGGGUGGAUCACCUGGCGGGGUUUUCCCAUGGGCGCCGGGCCUGGUGGCGCCUGCCGGACCCGUGGUGCCCAACGUUGCGGGUGGCGCGCUCGCGCCGGCGCCAGCCCCAGCGGCGGCUGCUGUCACCGGUCCCGCCGCGCUUGCCGUGGCGCCGGCCGUGCCGGGGGCUGCCGCGGUCCCCGCCGCUGGGUGGGUGGGGCCGCCGCCCGCCAGCCCCGGCGGCGACGCCCACAUCUUCGCCAUCGUGAGGGAUGUGCGAGGUGUGCUGCGCGCGGACUUCCGCAGCAUGGUGGCGCUGAUGCGGUGGCUGGCCGAGAUUGGGCUCGGCCCAGAGUCCCCUGGCGUGGAGAUCCACCAGAUGGGGUGCGUGGUUAUUGAGCCGGCCGUCGCCUACGACCCGGUUCGCGCCACGAAUUUCGGGCACCUGGAGCUCGUGGCUUCGGUUCAGGUGCAGGAGGAGCUGCAGCGGGAGAUGGCGGCGGCGAAGGAGCGGAGGAAGGACCGACAUCGAGACCUUUUCCCUCUGCCGCUGCUGGCUGCUGCGGACGUGGCGCCUGGAUCGUCGGGGACUCGGCGGCGAGUUCGAGCCUGCGGCGCCUUCUCGCGCACGCUCGGCCGUGCCGGCGCCGCCGUGCAUGCCUUGAAUUACCUCUGCGGCGACCGGUCCUCGCCCGCGCCGAUGCCGUCUGCCGGGCAGCGCUGCGCCGCCGCUCGCAUCUGGGACUCCAUCGUCGCCCUCGGCCCUGGGCCGGAUGCGCAUCGUGGCGGCGUCUCAGUCCCCAGCGGGGCCCUCCGGGAGCUCCUUGCUGGGUCCGCGCUGUGCCCUGGCGGCGGCGGGCCCACCACCCCCUACGUGCCGGACCUCGUUUCCUGGCCGGACGCCGCUGCUUUCCUCCGAGCAACGGUGGAGCGCAACGCGGGCGACGUUCGGUUCUCCAUCGCUUCGGCGGACUUCGACGUGGCCUUUUAUCACAUGCGGGCCCCUGACGGCAUGGAGGAGUAUCUCACGUUGCCGCCAAUCCCCGCCACGUAUUUCGCGCCGCGCGGGAUUGCAGUGGCGGGGGUGGACGGCGAGUCGCUCUUGCUGCCUCAGGUGGUGGCGCUGCCGAGGGGCAUCCGCUGGGCUUUGCACCUGUGCCGGGAGGUGCUUCAGAUUUCUUUGGGUCGCGCUGGCUUCUCGCCGAGCGACCUGAUCCUCGACGGCCACUGCGGCUGCCAGGUCACCGACGACCCUGGCUCUGUCGUGGGCGUCGGUUACGUGGACAACUACUUCGUUCUCGGCGGCCCCCCAAAGACGGCGAGCGAGCGGCUGCGGGCCGUCGCGGACGAUUUGACGCGCCGCGGGCUUGCUGUGCACGAGCUCGAGGCGCCCUCGAAGGGCCGCGACUUCUUGGGGCUGUCGUUGCGCGAGGGGCGCUGGCUCAGCCUCAGGGCCCGCAGUGCGUGGAGGCUUCGCGCCGCCAUCCGCGCUGCGCUCCAGAGGCAGGUCAUCAGCGGCUUCCUGCCCCGCGUGCUGACGGGCCACAUCGCGCGGGCGCUGCUGCUGCGGAGGGAGCUGCUGUGCAUCCUGGGGGCGACCUACGCCUGCAUCGAGGCCGCCGGGCCGACGGCUGCCCCGCUCUGGCCCACCGUCCGGCGCGAGCUCGAGCUUGUUCACGACCUGCUUCCGCUGUGCCCGGCGGACCUUGGCGCCGCGUGGCUUGGGCGAGUUGCUUGCGCGGGCGCCUCGCCAUUCGGGCUGGGCGACGUUGCUCGCCGCGCCCCGCAGGACCUCGCGGGCGCCAUCGGGAGAGUCGCCGAAAAGUGGAGGGGUCUGGCCAUCGCGCACAGGCAGCACCCAUGGCGAAUUGUGAAGGAGCCCAUCAGCGCGCUGGUCCUCACGCCCGAGAGAGUCAAGUGGCGGUCCAAGUGCGAGGCCCACGACGGUUGGCGAAGCGAGUUCUUCGAGCCCCCGCUGAGGCAGGCGACCGAGGAGGUGGAGGGCCUCGGCUACCUGUUUACGGAGCUGUUCGCCAGGGGGCUCUUCGCCGACGUGUCGGAGCUCUUUCAGCGGCCGGCGCGGCCCGUGGGUGAUUUCUUCCAGUGCUCCACCAGCUGGCUCGGGAUCGGAUCCUACCGCUAUGGGGAUCGCAUCUUCGUCGAGGGCUCGGGCGUCGACCAGGCCUACCCCAACCUGCGGGCUGCUUGUUGGCCCGUCGUUGUGUACGACGUGAACCGCAAGCUGCUCGCCGAGGCGGCGCCUUUCCGCCUCUACAUUGACUGCCUCGCCACCGUGCGCGGCGCAGGCCGCCCAGAAGUGGCGGCGUCCGCCAGUUGCCACCGUGCCCACCUCUGGGCUGGGAGGGCGGAGGCGUUCCAGGACGCCACGGUGGUCACGGUCAAGGCCCACUUGAACCAGUCGGCGGUGAAGAACGGUCAGACCACCCAUUCCGAGCUGGACGGCAAUGCCAGGGCGGACAUGCGGGCCGAGGAGGGAGCUGCGGCCGCCAGGGCGCCACUGGCGGACAUCCAGUGCCUCGAGGGCUGCCAGGUUAUCGCCCGACAGGCGGCGCAGUAUGCAGAGCGGCAGGAGGUCCAUACCUCUCGUUGUGGACUGAUGGACUCCAUGGGCGCCGGCGCGCGCAAGCUGAUCGACCUGGGCGAGUGGCCCGAGGGUCCCGACGAGUCGGGCGGGGUCCUCUGCGGGGACUCUUCUGCUUGUUCAGUCUCCAAGGUGCACGAGGUGUCGGGCACGUUCCCCGGAAGCGGAGUCUCUAUCAAGAGUUGCUCCCCGAGCCUGGGCCCCUCCGGCCUGCAGGCGGCGCGGGAGGCGGCCGCGCUGCAGGAGCUGGAGAAGCGCGAGGCCGCGAUGCUGCAGCGGCUGCAGCACUCGCACCUCGUAGGCAGGUGCAGGCUGGAGGAAAUGGAGUCGUCCCUGUUGCGACCUCCCGCGUGCUGGCAGGAGGAGACCGGCGGCGCUGCUGGCGAGGGCAACCCCCUCGCGCGCACGCCCCGUGGGGUGCGUUUGGCCAUGCAGCCGCUGGGCGGCUCCCGCGCCCGGGCGGGCACGAGCUGGGGAUUGGCCGCCGCGCUGGCGGGCGCGGCCGCCCGGUGCCUUGUCCUCCCGGCGGGCCCGGCGCGGCUCCGCCCUGCGCCGCGCCGGGCCGCGGUGGCUUGCGGCUACGACCGGGGGCGCGCGUGGGGCGGCGGCGGCACCACGGGGCCGCAAGAGGUCGGACACACCGGCUGCAGCUCCGAGCAGAGCGUGCAGGACCUGUGGGACAGCGUCGGCAGCGGCACCAGGGCAGAGGGAGACGGAGGCAGUCCUUCUGGCGGCGGCUCCGAGCAGAGCGUGCAGGACCUGUGGGACAGCGUCGGCAGCGGCACCGGGGCUCAGGCGGAGGGAGGCAGUCUUUUUGGCGGCCGCUCCGAGCAGAGCGUGGAGGACCUGUGGGACAGCGUCGGCAGCGGCACUGGGGCAGAGGCGGAGGGAGGCAGUCCUUUUGGCGGCCGGUCCGAGCAGAGCGUGGAGGACCUUUGGGACAGUGUCGGCAGCGGCACUGGGGCAGAGGCGGAGGGAGGCAGUCCUUUUGGCGGCGGCUCUGAGCAGGGCGUCGGCAGUCCUUUUGGCACAGGCGACACCAGUGGCUGGGGCAGUGGGCCACCAGCAGCGGGGCCCAGCGGGGACUCGGGCCAGCGCCUGGUCGGCUUCUCGAUGCACAAGGAUUUGACCUACCAGGAGGCGCUGAGUCAGGAGCCAGGCUUCUGCGACUGGGUGAUAAAAACGAGCCAGGGGCCUGACGCUCGUGGAAAGCUGGUGGACUUUGCCCAGUGGCUGCAGGAGCAAGGCGUUCCGUCCGUUGGCGGCGGCGCCCCCGUCCAUGGCAUCGGCUUGAGGCCUAUAGGCGACACCAGUGGCUGGGGCAGUGGGCCACCAGCAGCGGGGCCCAGCGGGGACUCGGGCCAGCGCCUGGUCGGCUUCUCGAUGCACAAGGAUUUGACCUACCAGGAGGCGCUGAGUCAGGAGCCAGGCUUCUGCGACUGGGUGAUAAAAACGAGCCAGGGGCCUGACGCUCGUGGAAAGCUGGUGGACUUUGCCCAGUGGCUGCAGGAGCAGGGCAUCGAUCCGCUCGCCUGA